AUGUUAUCAAAGAAAAGUCAUCUCGAAUUGUUGACGAUAUGUUAUAGACGAGCCAGUAGCAGUGUGCUAGCGGCGAACCUUGAGAUGCCGAAAUUUGAAAUGACAAGUGAAACGGCUACCCAAUUGCCGCCGUUUCCCUCCUUUAAAGAGACGUGGCCCAAGCGAAUUGUCGACGAUUCCACUCCGUCUUGGCCUCAGCAAGCCACCGCCUCGAACAGCACUCGGCUUUUGCAGGACAUUGACACGUUCAUUUUCGAUGCGGAUGGUGUGCUGUGGUUGGGCGGGAGCGCGAUUCCAGGCUCGGCUGAAUUCAUUCACAAUCUACUCGCACAGGGUAAACGCGUGCUCCUGUUAACGAACAACGCGACAAAAUCUCGGCCAAUGUUUUACGAGAAACUCCGAGCGCUGAAUUUCCCCGAGCAAUUGACACACGAUGUCUUGAUUAAUCCGGCUAUUGUCUUGACGGAUCUUCUUAUCCGGGCCGGUUUUCCACAAACGAAGAAAAAGGUUUAUCUGAUCGGAGAGCAAGGGAUUAGAGAUGAGUUGAAAGGUGCGGGGAUUGACUUUUUCGGGCAUGGACCUGAAAAGAUUUUACCUCAAAACCUCCAAAUCUUCAAUCACAAAGAGAAUUUCGAGGAAAAGCCAGAAAACGUCGGCGCUGUGGUGGUUGGAUACGAGAAAUUCUUUAACUAUCAAAAGCUGCUGAAAGCGACGAAUUAUUUGAGAAACGAGGAAACUUUGUUUGUGGCGACAAACGAAGACGAAACGUGUCCCUCAUCGGAUCCAUCACUCGUCAUCCCCGAUGCCGGGCCAAUUGUUGCCGCUGUAAAAUGUGCCUCUGGACGUGAGCCGAUCACCGUUGGGAAGCCGAACUCGGCCUCGUUCAACUAUAUUUGUCGGCGCUGGAAGAUCAAUCCAUCAAAAACGAUGAUGAUCGGCGAUCGAAUGAAUACUGAUAUUUUAUUUGGAAGAAAACACGGAAUGAAGACGUUGUUGGUGUUGUCUGGAUGUCAUCAGCUAGAAGACAUCCGCCUGGCAGUCCAUCGUUCCCUUCCCUCACUGAUCCCCGAUCUUUUCUCCUCAUCAUUAGGCGCUCUUUUGCCAAAAGAAAGGGCUCUCCCAUUAUGUGCCUCUGGACGUGAGCCGAUCACCGUUGGGAAGCCGAACUCGGCCUCGUUCAACUAUAUUUGUCGGCGCUGGAAGAUCAAUCCAUCAAAAACGAUGAUGAUCGGCGAUCGAAUGAAUACUGAUAUUUUAUUUGGAAGAAAACACGGAAUGAAGACGUUGUUGGUGUUGUCUGGAUGUCAUCAGCUAGAAGACAUCCGCCUGGCAGUCCAUCGUUCCCUUCCCUCACUGAUCCCCGAUCUUUUCUCCUCGUCAUUAGGCGCUCUUUUGCCAAAAGAAAGGGCUCUCCCAUUGUGGAAUCGAUGUGAAAUCGAUAUAGAA